GGCAAAGAAGAGAGGAGCUGAGACACUCUUCUUUGUUCUCUUCCUGGACUAUUGGCAAGGUACAGAGCUCUGCCCUCUCAAAGGUCCUGUCACAAGUGUAGUAUGGCAGAUACCCAAGUAAGAGACUCACUGUGAACCUAAUUAGGCAGGGAUAGUGUCCUCCUGCAGGUGGAAUGGUGAACACAGGAUUUCUCUCCACCUCUACCUUCCUUACCUCCUGAAUUUACCACAGGACUUCUUGCUCAGAAGCAGGCCUCUUGUGGUUGGCGCCUUUCCUACCAGUCUCAGAUGGGAGAACCAAGUCCCUCAGAACUUCACUGCCCGAGAUCACAAGGCACUCAGAGGGUGGACUAGAACCCAAGUUCGGUGCUCUUCCUCCUAGAGCAGGUUCAAACACUGAAUUUUCAUCAAGUUCAAAAAAUAUGGAUGAAGGUUUGGCUAAAAUAUUUGAUGAAAUUCUACAACAAGUGUUUUCCAAAGUUCCAUUUGAUGAAACAAGAACAGCAGGAAAGUCAAUUACAAAGAGAGAAGUGAAAGAAAGCCUCUUCCCACCAGUCUCAGAUGGGAGAACCAAGUCCCUCAGAACUUCACUGCCCGAGAUCAUAAGGCACUCAGAGGGUGGACUAGAACCCAAGUUCGGUGCUCUUCCUCCUAGAGCAGGUUAUCCUCAAAAAAAGAGCUUGAAAAAUAGUGAAUUUGUAUCAAGUUCAAAUAAACGAGAAGAACAUUUUUCUAAACUAUUUGAUGAAAUUCUACAGCAAGUGUUUUACAAGGCUCCGUAUGGGACACCAUUUGAUGAAGCCAGAACAGCAGGCAAAUCAAUUACAAAGAGAGACAUGAAUUCAGAAAUUUUCAUCAAAGGACCCAAUGUUGCUGGGUAUUCUACUGCACCAAGGUUUCUCUUUGGCAGCGUGGACAGAAUCUCUACUAAUGAUCACAAUUCAGAGAAGAGGGAUAAAGAAUCCUCUCUCUCCAACAGGAAUAUGAACGAGCCAUUUACUGCUAUAAAUAAAGAAACACUUGAAGAAGCAGCUAAGACAGAGAUUCCAGAUAAGACCGUACCAUGUGAGCAGCUUCUGCAGUUCCUCCAGAGGAACAUCAUCAUUGGUGCUGGCUCGGUGGCGGGAGUCCUUGUGGUCACAGCAUUGUUGCUGCUGGCCUUGACCAUGUGCUGCAGGAGGAAACAGCAAUCACAUCCUCCAGCGAACAUGACAUAUAAUAUUUUUAUUCUGCGUGGGAAGACUUGGUGGCAGAAGUUUCAAGAAAAGAACCCCAAAAAGCAGAGUGAGAAACAGAAACAGUUGUUGAAGGGCAAGUCCUCUGUCUAAGCCAGCUGGUGGGGCCUGCCAAACCAGGACCGGAAGCUGUGAUGCCAGGCAGUUGUCCACCCAGACACCACGGAGAGGCAUUUGAUUUCUGGCUGUGAGGUGUGCUCCACAAAAUGUUUACCUUCUCCUGUCAGUCUCGAAUGGACCAAGACACGGAUGUUGUACUACAGGGUGCUUAGAGUUUGGUACAGCACUGAUAGCUAGGGCAGGAGACGCAGCACAUUUGUCCAAACACAAACCUGACCAACUACCAAGUUCUUUAUUUAUUAAAGCAUCGAUUCUCUGA